AUGUCUUCCAAGGACAAGCCAUCUAAAGAGGAUAUUAGAGGACAAUUGUCCGAUAUACAGAAACGAUUAUUUAACAAAAAGUCUCCUCCUAAAGAUACAUCUGGUCCUAGCUCCAGUACCAAUUCUAAUCACCGACCAGUUCUAAAAGAAUCCAAUCACCAUUCACAAGGCAAAUCAUCUUUAUUAUCUGGUGGUGCUGGCUCUCAUGAACAAGAAAGAUUUGCUGAAUUCUUACCACCACUUCCUAAAGGCAGUGGCAAUGCCUCUGGUUCAUUAGGACCACCGGCACCUGCUGCCUCUUCUUUGAAACGCGUUCCACAUCAACAUUCCUCGCGUUUAGGACCAGAAUCAAAAGGUAAUGACAUGAACUUUGUUGUUGGAUUAAGUGAAAAUCUUUUGACAGAAUGCCGUCGAUUAAAUGCUGAAAAUUCUAAAUAUCGAGAAAAAUUAAAAUCAGCAUUAGACGAAGUUCAAAACUAUAAAGAGGAAGUGUUUAAAUUAAAGGAUUUUAACAAGUCACACAAUACUAAUGAACAAGCAUUAAAAGAUAAAAAUUGGGAAUUGGAAAGUAAAGUUAUCAAAUUGGAUGAUGAAUUGUCAAUGUUGAAAAAAUCGCAAGAAAAAACUAUUCACGAAAACUCCGAAUUAUCUAAUCAGAUCAGCAAUUUAAAUAAAAUUAAUGACAAAUUGGAAAUAAGUAAUCAAUCUUUAACAAAGAGUUUACAUGACACCAAACAGUCGUACCAAUCAGAAAUUCUGGCUUUGAAUGCGCGAAUUGAAAAUUUAAAUGAUGAAAAUGAUCAAUUGCAUUUACGUUUAGCCGGUGAAGAUUCCACUAAUAUCAGUCGUGCAGAAACUUCAAAGGAAGCAACUUUACCAUCAAUGGAUGAAUCAACAGAGAGUGAUGAUGAUACCACUGAAUUUGAUUCGAUUUUGAAAGAAUUGCAACCUUGUGAUAUACCCGAGGCCAACCCAAAUAAUCCACAGUUAGAAAUUGAUACUUUGAGAUCUACUUUGCAACAUUCUAAUAGAACAAUUGCUAAAUUAAGAUCUUCUAUGCUUAAAUUGAGAAAGUUUGAACAACAACAACAACAACAACAACAGCAACAACAAGCUAAUAUGUCAAAUUUACAGAGAACUCCAAUGAAGUUUGGAAGUAAACCCAAAUUAAGAGCUUCAAAGAGUGAACUUACUCCAUCUCAUAGAACCUCGAUGUUACUUUCACCAGCGAAAAAGAAUUCAAAAUUUUCAAUUCUUGACGAUGAUACAACCCACAAUAACGAUGACCAUGAACCAUUCCCAACAGAUGGAGGCAAAUGGGAAGAUUUCAUUACUGAUGACUUAGAAACAACUCCAUCAAAAUCGGCAUCUAAAAAAUUAAUCACUGAUUCGGAUGUUGAAUCAACCCAUAGCAGAGCCAUAAAUGUCACUGCAGCAACUGGUGAUUACAGUAUACCCUAUUUAGUGGAAUCAUCUGAUUCAGAAACCGAGCCUCAACUGUUAGACGAUGAUUCUCCUUCAAAACAUAUAAAAUCAUCACUUUUAUCAAAAGAACUACAAGAAUCGAGCAAAUUGAGAAAUAAGCAAAUCCAACAAUAUGCAUCUUCAAACAAUUUAGUCAUGGUACCUUUCGAGGAAUUGGAGAAAUUGAAAUCAAUAGACGACGAAAAGUUAUUGUUGACUGCCCAGGACAGAGGUUAUCAUUUGCUUACAACCAAAGAGUACAACGAAUUGAUUGAUGAAGAAGAAAUCAAGAAGAGAUUGGAGAGCAAAGGUCUUGUUACUCUUCCUUUUGAUGAACUCGAAUCUAUAAGAACAAAUUUAGAUAAACCUGAUAAGGCAUAUAUCACCGAUAAAGCAAACCAGAUGGGAUUGAUUGUUACAUCGAAUGAUUUGUACGAUACCCUAGUGAAGAAUGCCAAUGAGCCAUCAGUGGACCACAUUACCGCAAAGGCAAGAGCCCAAAACUUAAUAUUAUUAUCAAAUGAAGAGUGGAAACAAUUAAAGAACCCUUCUUUGGAUCAGUUAACCAAGUUAGUAUCAAAACAUGAGUCUCAAGUUUUAUCCAACAAUGAGUACGAGUCUUUGACAAACCCAUCUGUUGAAACAAUCACCCAAAAGGCAAAAUCGCAUAAAAUGACCAUUGUACCGGAUACCGAAUAUCAAAAACUUAUACAUCCAUCAUUAGAUGUGUUGUCUAGCCAUGCCUUGGCCAAGAAACAUACUCUUAUCAAAGAUACUGAGUUGGAAGAAUUGAAGAAAUCAGCACAAAAUCCAAGCUUAUCUCAAGUCAAAGUGCACGCUGAUAAAUUAAAUUUGGUAACCAUGUCAAAGCCAGACUUCACAGAUUUAUUUAAAACCGCAAACGAACCCAGUAUUUCACAUAUACGUUCUAAAGCAACUGAUUUAGGAUAUACUGUUGUUAAACAACAAGAAUACGACGAUAUGACAAAUAGCAUAAACCAUCCAGAUAUUACUGAUUUGAAAGGAAGACUCCCUGAUUACAAAAUAUUGCCAUUGUCGGAAUACGAUGAAAUUUAUAAAUUGGCACAUGCACCAGAAGUGGAACACAUAAAAACCAAAGCAACUAGUUUGAACCAUUAUUUGGUGAGCAACGAAGAUUAUGAGAAACUUCAAAACCCAACUUUGGAAACUUUGCAACUGCAAGCUGACACUUUGAACCAUUCAGUAUUAGAUAAAACCAAGUUGGCUGAUCUUGAAAAGUUGGCAUACAAUCCUGAUUUGGAUCAUCUUCAAAAAGUCUUGAAAGAGAUUGACUAUGAGUUAUUACCAAAACAAGAAUUGGAAGCCUUGAAUAAUCCAACUACUGACUCUUUACUGGAGAAAGCUAGUAAGUUGAAUUGUGAAAUAAUAUCUCAAGAGGAUUACAAAGAAUUAUUUGCAUUGGCUCAUGACCCAUCACUCGAGCACAUCCAUGCCAGCGCAUCAAAGUUGGAUAAAACUGUAUUAUCAAAUGAUGAAGUUAACGAAUUGAAAGCAUUAGCUUAUACAUUUAGCAUUGAGAGAUUACAAUCUUUAGCAAAAGAGAAAAAUCAUACAUUGGUGGAAUCAAGUGAACUCGACGCAUUGAGAAAUCCGGAUAUAAAUCAAAUGAAAGAAAAGGUGAAAGGAUUUGGACUUGAAACAAUUAGCAGAGUCGAUUUGGAUAAAUUGAAAAACCCAUCAAGAGAAAAGAUUGAAUGUAUAGUUCAGAAUUGGCAUUGUUCUGUGAUAGAUAAUGCCGAUCUCGAUUUGUUAAAGAAUCCUGAACUUGAAACUAUAAAAGUGAAAGCUGAACAGUUUGGCUAUCAAUUAUUGCUGAAUGAAGACAAAGAAGCCUUAGACAAAUUAGCCAACCAGCCAGACUUGGAUCAUAUUCAACAAAAGUCAAAGGAUCUUGGAUACAUACCAGUAAAGGUAGAAGAGCAUCAAGAACUACAUAGUUUAGCUCACAAUCCAUCUAUUGAUCGUAUCAUUGAAAAGUCGAAACAUCAUGGCUAUGUUGCAAUUAAAGAAACUGAGCUUAAAACAUUGAAAGAAGUAGUUGAUUCUCCCGGCUUAGAACACAUCACAUCGAAGGCAAAAUUCCAUGGAUAUGUUCCUGUGAAAGAAACUGACUUUGAAACUUUGAAAACGUUGGCUCAUAAACCAGAUUUGGACCAUAUUAUUGAAAAAUGUAAAUCUCUUGGCUAUGCAGCUGUCAAAGAUCUGGAUUACGAUGAAUUGAAAAAAUUGGCUCAUGAACCUACUAUUGAACAUGUCACCAAAAAAUCAAAAGAACUUGGUUUUGUUACUGUUAAAGAAACUGAUUUCAACGAUUUGAAUGCAUUGGCACACAACCCAAAUGUGGAACGUAUCAGUGCCAAGGCAAAAGAGCAUGGACUCAUUGCAGUGAAGGAAGUUGAUCACACAGAGUUGACAAAAUUGGCAAAUGAUCCCCCAAUAGAGCAUAUCACUGAGAAAUCUAAGGAACUUGGAUAUGUUGUUGUCAAGGAUUCCGAUUUCACAAACAUGCAAAAAUUGAUUGAUAAGCCCACGGAGGAACAAAUUGAGUCCAAAGCUGCCAAACUUGGUUUAGUCACAGUGACUAAAACUAAAUACGAUGAAUUGGAAGCCACAGUAAACAAGCCAUCGUACGAGUUCUUAACAGAAAAAGCCCAAUUAUAUGAUUCUAUCGUUAUUUCCAAGCAACAAUUUGACAAUCCAAGUCUUGACUAUAUAAAAGAGAAAUCAGUUGCUCAUGAACAUGAAAUAAUUCCCAGUAAAGAUUUAACAGACUUGAAGACUUCUUUUGAGUCGCCAUCUGAAGAAUACUUGCAUGAGAAACUGAAAGACAAAGGGUUGAAAUUAGUAACUACUGACGAGUAUAAUUCAUUGAUGAUUUUAGCUCAUAAACCAGAGAAAUCUCAUUUAGUUGAAAAGGCUUCGGCACUUGGUAUGUCUUUAAUUGGUAUCGAUGCUUUGAACAAUUUAAAGAAAGAUUUAGAACAUCCACAAAGGGAUUAUUUGGUAGAGAAAGCGAAGGCUCUUGAUUUGUCAAUUAUUGAAAAUGACAAGUUAUCUACUUUGCAAACUUUGGCUGAAAAUCCAGACUCUGCAUAUAUUGAAAGAGUUGCUAGACAACAAGAUUUAGUUGUGUUGUCUUUAUCUAAACAUGAGAAAUUGGUAAAGGACUCUACUAAUCCAGAUGCUGACCACAUUAAACUGGUUGCUGAGAAACAAGAGCUUACAGUUUUGACAAAUAGUACAUUCAAGGAUUUGACCGACAGGGCUGAGAACCCAACAUUGAAUCAAAUCAAGGAAGCAGCAAAAAGGAAUGACCAAGUAGUUAUUGCUACUCAAGAAUACGAGAAUUUAGUACAUCCAGAUGAAACCUUGGUAAAAACACAAGCAGACCGUUUGGGAUUGCAAUUAAUGCCCAUAAAGGAACAUGAAAAAUUAAUGGACGAUUUUGAGAACCCAACUUUGGAUUACCUAGUCAGUAAAGCCGCUAAAUAUGAUUCCCUUGUUAUUACCAAAGAUGAGAAAUCCCAGUUGGAAAAAUUGGCCCAUAAUCCUGAUGUUGAACAUAUCACAGAGACUGCUAAUGUCAAAGAUCUUGUUGUUGUGAAUAAGGAGGAAUUUGCGAACAUAACAAAGUUGGCCAAUGAACCUCAUGAAGAGCAUAUUAUAGCGAAAGCAAAGAAUUUGGGUUUAGUUGCUAUUAAUGAAAAUGAUCAUAAAGUUUUAUUACAGCCUUCUAAAUUUAAACUUGAGCAACAUGCUUCAAAAAUUGAUCAUUUAUUAGUACCUGAAGAAGAAGUUCACAGAUUGAGAGGAAUAGAAAGUACACCGUCUAGAGAAUUUAUUGAGACAAAGGCAGCACAGCACGAUUUGGUUACUUUGACGAGAAAGGAACAUAGUAAAUUAGCAAGUAAUGCUAAUGAACCUUCAAAAGAUCAUAUCAUAGCAAAAGCCAGUGCUAUUGGUUUAGUUGCUGUUUCUAAGAAAAAGCACGACCAAAUGUUGAAAGCCUUGGAGGAACCCACUCUUGAUUACUUGAGUGAAAAAGCAGCCAACAAUUUCAAGUCAGUAAUAAUUCCAACAGAUAAAUAUGAGUCUUUGAAGGAGAAUUUAGAACUGCCCGACUGGAACUAUUUGACAGAGAAAGCUAAUUUACAUGAAUCAAUUGUUGUUAAACAAAAAGACUACAAUGCGUUAGUGAAAGUUUCCACUGACCCAAGCAUACAGUUUAUUGAAGAGAAGGCUAGAAAGUAUAACAAAUCCGUUAUUAAUUCAGAUGAAUGGAAGAAUAUUACCCGUGUUGCAUUUAACCCAACCAAGGAAGAAUUGUCAGAGAAGGCAGCUCAAAAUGAUUUAGUAGUAAUUGACAAAAAUGAGUACAAAUCCUUGGAAGAAAGAAUUGAGAAUCCAACUUCACAUUAUCUAAAGGAGCAAGCAUCCAAGUUCAACUUUACGAUGGUUGGUACAGAUGACUACAACAAAUUAACUACCUUAAUUACUUCUCCAUCAAAGGAACAUAUUGAAGAGAAAGCACAAUCUGCUGGUUUAGUUGUUGUUCCAAAAGAUGAAUAUGAUGAAUUAUUAGAGAAGUCAAAUAACCCUGAUGAAAAAAGGUUGUCCAAAUUAGCAAAUGCAAAAGGAAUGUUGUUAAUUCACAAAGAAGAACAUGCCAAGUUAACCAACUCACUUAAGAACCCAAGUGUAGAUUUUUUGAAAGACAAGGCAAGUGAACAUGGCAAUGUUAUUAUUUCUACUGAGGAAUAUAAAAAAUUGCUUAAUGAUAUUGAGUCUCCAGAUUUUGAGUAUUUGGAAAAGAAGUGUCAUGAUAAAAGCAUGUCUAUAUUACCAACAACAGAUUUGAAACAACUUAAAUCGGCAUUUAACGAUCCACCGAUUGAUUUCUUAAGGGAACAUUCAACCAAGGCGAAUUAUGAAUUGAUUCCAAAAUCUGAGUAUGAAAGUAUGAAAAAUUGCAUCGACAAUCCGGGUUCUGAGUUUAUUCGGACCAAAGCAACCAAAUAUGGACUUGUGACUGUAACGGAAGAAGAGUAUGAUUUGUUAACUGAUCCAAAUAAGGAGUCAUUGAUUGAAAGUGCUUCUAAAUUAGGAUUGUCAGUGAUUGAAAAACUGGAGUUGGAAUUAUUGAAAAGUAAAUUAGAUAACCCUAGUGUCGAGUACAUGAAACUUAACUCCGAAAAAUUGGGCUAUGUAUUAGUAUCAUCAAAUGAAAUCAAUGAUUUGAAAAGAGCAAUUGAUCAGCCAACAGAGAAAUAUAUUGAAGAAAAGGCAAAUAAAUUGGGACUUCAUGUGAUGAGCGUUAAAGAAUACCAAAAUUUGAACGAAAAGGCAACAAAACCAAGCAAGGCUCAUAUUGCUUCAGUUGCAGGGCUUUUGGGAUUAACUGUUAUUGGAGCUAAGGAACAUAAAGAUUUGGUAAGCAAUUCAAAGAGUCCUUCUUUGGAUCAUAUCAAAGAUAAAGCAAAGAAUCAUGAUCAUGUGGUAAUUCCACAAAAGGAGCAUUCAAAACUAGUUGAACGAGCUAAUAUUUCUAUUCGAGAUUUGGCUAAGGAACAAGGAAUGGUGGUGCUUCCAUCGGAUUCUCAUGCUGAGUUGGUAAAGAGUGCCUCUAAGAAUUUAGAGGAUCACGCUAGGGAGAAUAAUAAAAUUAUAGUUUCUCCCGAUGAACACAAAGAAUUGGUCACCAGGGCCACGAAGUCUUUAGGUGAUCUUGCUAAGGAAAAUCAGAUGGCAGUUAUUCCAAUUAAUGAAUAUCAAGAUUUGAACGAAAAAGCUGCUAAGAGCUUGCAUGAUCAUGCUGCUGAACAAGGUGUAACUGUUUUAUCAAAAGGUGAACAUGAAACUUUGACCAGAGCUGCAAACAAAACAGCCGAGGACCAUGCUAAAGAAAAAGGUAUGGUAUUGCUCAAGAUUGAUGAACAUGAUCUGUUGGUGACACAAGCAUCGAAAUCAUUACAAGACCUUUCUAAAGAACAAGGAAUGGUAUUGAUGUCUCCAGAAGAUCACAAAGAUUUGACAGCAAAAGCAUCGAGAACUUUAGAUGACUUUGCAAUUGAACAAGGCGUAAUUCCUGUACUGACCAAGGAACACCGAGAGUUGGUAACAAAAGCUGCUCGAUCUUUGAAUGAUCAUGCCCAAACCGAAGGCAUGGUUGUUCUUUCAAAAUCGGAACAUGAAGAAUUAACUGAAAAAGCAAGUAAAUCAGUUAAAGAUUUGGCAAGUGAGCAGAAUUUAAUUUUGCUUGAUAAAGACCGUUACGAGGACUUGAUCCACAAGGCCAAUAAAUCAUUAGAGGAACUAGCUCAAGAAAAUGGAAUGAAUGUUGUAUCCCCUGAAGUGUUGAAAGAGCUUAAAGAAAAUGCCGAGAAACCUCUUGAUAUAAGAGCUAAAGAACAAGGAAAGACUGUAGUAGGUAUUGAAGAAUUUGACAAGUUGAAUAAUAAGAUUGAGAAACCAAGUUUAGAGUAUUUGAAGGAAUGUUGCAAAAAGCAUCUCAAAAAGAUUGUUCUGGAAGAAGAGUAUGAACAACUUCAACAGAGAGCUAAUCAAACUGUUGAACAAAAAGCUAAUAGUAUGGGACUAGUAGUGAUUAAACCAGAGGAGUUAGAGCAACUUAAGACAUUGCUUGAAUCUCCAAGCUUAGACUACAUAAAGUCAAAAGCUGCAGAUCAAGGAUUCGAAGUUAUCGAAAAAGAUAAAUAUUCCUUGAUCAGCGAAAGAUAUAAGAAAUCUGUUGAACAUCUCGCUGAAGAAAAUGGAUUAGUUGCAUUAAAAGUUGAAGAGUAUAAUACUUUGGUCCAAAAUGCCAAUGAACCUUCUUUGGCUCAUAUUACAGAAAUGGCAGGUACAUAUGAGCAUGUGGUUGUAUCAGCAAGUGAUUUCAACAAGUAUUUGAAUACUUUUGAACAUCCUGAAUUAGAGUUUAUAAAAGAAAAAGCAAAAGAGCAAGGUUAUACUGUUGUUUUGUCGGACGAUUAUGCCUCAAUUGUUGCUGAAAAUAAGGAAACGUUAGAAGAAAAGGCUGAAAAGGCACAUGCUAAAUUGAUACCUGCUGAAGAGUACACUACCCAACAAGAGACUUUGAACAAACCAAGCAUUGAUUUCUUGAAUGAAAAAGCCAAGCUUUUGAAGAAAGUUAUUGUACCACAAGUGGAAUAUGAUGAAUUAGUGAAAUCAGCUUCACAAACUGUACAAGAUAAAGCAGCUGUAGCUGGUAUGGUUGUGAUCGAUAAAGACGAGCACUCUAAAUUGCAAGCAACACAUAGAGCACCAUCACUUGAAUUUUUGCAUCUGAAAUGUAAUGAGAAGGGCAUGACAUUGGUUGAACAGAAGGAGUUGGAUAAUUUGAAGUUGUCAGUAGAAGACCCCUCCCUUGAAUACUUAGAAAAGUCUGCUAGCAGUAAGGGUUAUGCUCUAGUUGACAAAAAGAUAUUAGUGGAAAUGAAAGAGAACUUAAAUCAGUCUCUUGAAGACAAGGCACAAGGCAGAGGAAUGAUUGUAUUGCCUGUCGAUGAGUUUUCUUCCUUGAAGAAGUGCGUGGAAGAUCCAAGUCUUGAAUUCCUUAAAGAUAAAUGUGGAAGCAGUGGAUAUCAUGUCAUUGAAAAGGAAUCGCAUGAUAAUUUGGUAAAACAAGCUUCAUUUACAUUAGAGGAUAAGGCUUUAGAAAAUAAUAUGGUAUUGUUAACUCCUGAACAACAUAAGCAACUAUCUGAGCCAAGUUUGGAGAGUUUGAAGGAAUUUGCCCUGAGGCAGAACUAUGAUUUAAUUUCUCAUACUGAUUUAGUUGAGUUGACAACAAAAGCAAAUAAUCCGUCCAUUGAAAAGUUGAAAGAAGUUGCCAAGGCUAACCAAUUUGUAUUAAUCCCAACAGACAAGCAUCUUGAAAUGAAAAAACAAGCUGAAGCCACUAUUCAAGAUAAAUUAGAAGGAACUGAUUGGAAGUUGAUUAAAAAUGAUGAGUAUGAUGAACUUUUGGUGAAGGCCCAUCAACCAACCAUUGACGAUAUUGCUAAAAAUGCGGCAGCAAUUGGAUUUGGAGUAAUGUCUGUUGAAGCUAUUAAUAAAUUGAAAGAACAGGCAAAUGAGUCAAUCUAUGAAAGAGGGGCCAGAGAGGGUAUGGUUGUUAUGUCAAAGGAGGUGCAUGAUGAAAUGAAGGAGAACAUUGAAACUCCAUUAGUUAAAAAAGCCGAAGCUGAAGGAUAUGCUUUAAUUAAACCUGAUGAAUUGGAACAGUUACGAGUGGCAGAGUCUCAGACAGUCGAGGAAAAAGCACUAGCUGAAGGUAAAGUGACAAUUUCUGAAAAGUUGUAUAAUGAGAUUCUUGAAGAAAAGGAGUUAUGGAAGGAAAAGUAUGCUGCUGUGGACUUGAGUUCAGGAGAGGAACAUUCGCUAAGUGCCGUUAAAGAGAAGCUCAACGAAUUGGGAUUCUCAGUUAUUCCAAAAGACAAUUCAACGUCAUUGCCAACAGAAAAAUCAUUUAGUUCGGAUUCAGAAGACUUCCAUUUCCAUGAUGCAGAUGAAUCAUUCGUUCUUUCCGAACAUGAGUUAAGUUAUUCCGCUUCUAGAUUGGGUUUGGUGUUGUUAUCAAAAGAAGAAUAUAAUAAGUUGAGCAAAGUCGAUGAGGAAAAAGUAAAGAGUCUAGCCAAAGAGUUGUCUUUGACCUUGGUUCCAGAAUCUGAAGUAAUUAAUUGGAAGCAAUCGUUAGCAGCAAAAGAUGAAGAGAUCCACAAAUUGAAUUUGGAGAAAGAAGAGCAAACGAAAAAAAUGGCUCUGUUGGAGAAGAAAGAUUCUAAUGCACCAGAAACUGCAGAAAGCUCAGAGGCUGCUAAAAAGGAAAUUCUUACAAACAAAGAUGACAUUGUUACUGCGGCAACUAAAUUGGCGUUACUACCAGUUCCAGAAUCACAGUAUGUGGGUACUACAGCUCACCCACGUCCAGAUGUGAACAAUGUUAAGGUGGUUCCAACUAGUUAUUUCAAUCAGCUACUCAAGUUGAAAGCAAUGUCCAUUGAAAAAUGUUCUGACGAAGUAUUCAAACAGUAUGCAGAGAAACGUGGAUUUGUUCACCGGGAUCAAUUAACCCCAGUAUUGGCGUCAACGACUCAAUUCAAGGGUACACCAAUACAAGAUAGAGAUUCAUUGGAUCUGAUGUCAAGAAUCACUCCACCUAUAAAUCCUGCAGUAAAACAACGACAAGUCACACCAGUGUCCAGACGCAGUUUGUCACUUAGCAGUGGUGGUCGCGUGAGUUUUACACGUGGUCUUCCCGAAUCUAAUUCAGUUGUCUCUCGUCUUUCUGAACAGUCAGUUCAUCAAUCAUUACGAAGCCAAGGAUUAUUCUCGAUGGCGACAGAUGUUUCAUUCACAGACAGGUCGAUGAUUCCAGCUAUAACUCAAGUGGUUAUUGGUGAAUACUUGUUCAAAUACUAUCGUAGAUUAGGUGCUUUCAAAGUAAUCACAGAAACAAGACAUGAAAGAUACUUUUGGGUGCAUCCUUACUCAUUGACACUUUAUUGGACGGAGAAUAAUCCAAUAUUAUCCAGUUCUUCUCUGGCCAAAACUAGAGCUGCUGCCAUAGUAAGUGUUGAAAGUGUUGAAGAUAACAAUCCAUUACCUACUGGGUUGUAUUAUAAGAGUAUUAUUGUUCAUUCAACUGACAGAUCCAUUAAGAUCACGUGUGCCACUAGACACCGUCACAACAUCUGGUACAAUGCUUUGCGUUAUUUGGUUAACAGGAAUAUUGACGACUUGGUAAUUGAUGAAGACACGAAUAUAGAUGAAUUAUCGGAUGAAUUCGAAGUCAAUGUUCCUGUUGGAUUAGCUCCUGCUGCUGUCAAGUCAGAUUCCCAUAGAAAUUUGGUGAGUUUGAUGGAUACGGGUGAUCGUCGUGCAUACCCAAGACCUAAGAGAAUUACAUCGCUGCCUUCUUCGCCAGCAUCAGGAAGACUUUCAAGAUUCCUGUCCAUGAGAAGAAUUGGAAAGGAAUAG